AUGGAGCAGAAGAAGAAGGAGAAGGCUGAAAGUUGUAUCAGAGAAGUUUCGAAGGAGAGAGAGAAGAGAGAGAGAGAGAAGAUGACUGAGGGAGACGUUCACGGUGCCGGUGUCGUUCUGAAAGGACUGGCCCAAUAUCUGAACUUUCUCAAUGAAGACAACAAGUCAACGAGAAAGAAGGCUCUGGAACAGAUCAGGAAGGAGACUGUAGAGCGAGGACUUCCCAGCAGCGUCCUGCAGGAGGUCUUCUCUGUGUUCCUCAAACCUCUCGUCAAACGUCUGUCAGACCAGAAUGAAGGCUGCAGGGAAGUGGCGAUCGCGGUGGUCACAGAAUUCAUACGCUGCAUCCCCAGACCAGAGGAGUCCCUUCACCUCCUCGUGCCGUGCCUGGCUCGGAGGCUCGGGGCGGGAGAGAUCCUGGAGCCGGCGGAGGAGCUUCGAUUGUCCUCGGUGGAGAUGUUGACUUUUAUCGUGGAAGUGUGUGGACGGCACGUAGCUCCGUACGUCCAGGAGGUGAUCGACAUCCUGGGGAGAACCAUCGAGGAUCCGUUCCCAGACGUCAAACAAGAAAGUUGCAGGUGCACGGUGAAGUUGGCGGAGAACGUUCCGGAGCACUUUUACAACCAGGCGAAGAGUCUGAUAAACCCGCUCAUGCAGACCAUCACUUACCAGCAGUCCAGGGUGCGAGUGUCUGUGAUCGAGGCCACCGGGGCCGUGAUUCAACACGGGGGUGGGAACAACAUGGAGGACGUCGUUUGGCACAUGGCACAAAGACUGUUUGACGACUCACCGCAGGUGAGAAGAGCUGUGGCUGCAGUCGUCGGUGAUUGGCUGCUUCACCUGAGGGACAGAUACUCGUACCACUGCAAACUGGUUCCUCUCCUGCUGAGCUGCAUCAACGACCAGGUUCCAGAAAUUCAACAACUGGCUAGUGAUCUAUGGAAACAGGUCGGAGCCCAGUACGAGAAGGAGAAUGAGAAGGACCUCAAGGACAUGAUGGACUUCCCCCUGGACCCCCCCUCCUACCCCCCAGGAGUGGAGCGUCCAGGGAUUGGCUGUAGAGAGUUAGUGGUCAGGAAUCUGGGGGUCCUGGUUCCAGCUGUAGCCCGUGACAUCAGCGACUGGCUGGUGGCCACGCGGGUCAAGACCUCGCAGCUGCUGACGGUGCUGCUCCUCCACGCCGAGGACCACAGCACCAUGCACCUUCAGCCUCUUCUGGCCGCGCUCUACCGUGGGUGCACCGACAGAGAGAAGGUCGUGGUCGACAACUGUCUGGAAGCUGCCAGACUCCUGGGCACCUUGGUUCCUCCGGGGGUGGUCCUCAGACUGCUGCUGGACCACCUGAGAACGCCCCCCUCCUCCUCCCACCCUUGGGUGCCGCUCAUGGUGCUGGCUGCGGUUUUAGGGGGCUCCUCCAAGCCCCUCCUUCAACCACACCUCCAGCAGAUUGCAGACACAUUGGUCCAACCUGAAGUGAGUCAGGACCAUCAGCAGGUCCAGUACCUGCAGCAGCUGUCGGCCUGUGUGGAUGUGCUCCUCCGUCGGUGUGAGUCCGACUGUAGCGCCAUCAGCCGACAGCUGCUGCAGGCGCUCGUGGCCGUGCGCAGUCUGUCCACGGACGCCGCUCUCCAGGACAAGGCCUUGGAGAGUGUGCAGCGUUUGUGUGAAGUCCAGAGUCUGGACUCGGUACCAGAGCUCUACAGACGACAUAUGGGCCACCUGUUGGACCAGCUGUCGGACUCGGUCCACAGCUGGUCCAGUUACUCCCUGCACAGACUGCAGCUCAACGUCAUCGUCGCUCAGUCUGGUCCGGUGGUUGGGGAGUUUGUGGGCCAGUUGAUGCCCAUACUCCAGGUCUGUCUCCAACCCGACAGAGACCCAGAGAUGAGACGGGACGUCUUCACCAUGUUGGCCAACUUGUUGCAGGAUGCAGCCCACACACUUGAUUCUCAAGGUCGUUUUCAGGAGGAGUCUGAGAAGUUCCUGUGUGAUGUCCUCCUUCCUAACCUGGUGUGGCGGCCGGGGCGAGCCGCCGGUGCCGUCCGCACCUCAGCCCUCAGCUGUCUGCUGGCCCUGCUCCACGGAGGGGCAGUUACACCGGCGCUGGUGCGGUGCCACGAGGAGCGGCUCAGACCACAUGUCCUGUCGGCACUGCAAGAACAUUCUGACAUGACCAGACUGUUGGCCUGUCGCUGUGUGUCCAACAUACUGAGACUGGUGGGAAACGACCUCCGCACCGCCACCCUCAACAAGAUCUACCCCGAGCUGUUGAAACGCCUGGACGACAGCAGCGAUGAGGUGCGAGUCGUGGCUCUGCAAACUCUGGGACAGUGGCUGUCGAGUUUGAACACAGACUACGACGCGGAGCUCUUCUCUCCUCAUCUGCGGCUCCUCUUCCAACAGCUCCUCCUUCACCUGGACGACACCAGUGCCUCGGUGCAGGGGCAGGUGUUCGAGAUCCUGAGGAACGGCAGCUCAGUUCACCCCACGCUGCUGAAGAAGUCAGUGGAGGGAGUGAGAGAGAAGCUGAGGAGCCCACUUCACUGUGAUCUGUUACUGCGACACAUCGACUCACUCACCACUGAGUGAACGAACUAAAGAGAAGACAUCAAUAAAAUCCUCCUUCAACAAAAGAUUAUAUUUUCAACCAGGCAUCAGUUAAAAUAAUUUUGUAGACUAAAGACAAAAUUUAAGUUGCCUGUAAUAGUAAUGAUGUGUAUCAGAGAAUACACUCAACAUUGUUGUCUUAUUAAAAAGAAAAACAUUAAGAAAAGUCUUAAAAAUAUUUUUAAGUCAGAAACAUUGAGACUGCGUUCAGAGACAUUAUUUUGACUUUAAUCCCGUAAUUCUAUUUAUAAAAAGCUAAAAAUAAAAUUAUCGUUGAUCCCGAGAAUAAACUAAAUU